CGAACAUUGAAAAUAACUCGCAAAGCCAUCAGCUUCGUCCUAAUGAGCAGAAUUAUUCUGAAGAAAAUAUAAUAAAUUGUUUUGAAUUAUUUUCAACCAUAUCCAGAUCUGUUCACAAGGAAAUUAUAUCACAUUGAAUUGACGUUCAUAAAUUAAGUCAGCUAACUGGCACUAUAUAGAUAGGUUACUUUGAACGGACUUAAAAUAAGCAACAUGAACAACAGCGCAGACAUUGAUAAUUCUACGUCCUGGACUACUACCGAUCCAACAGACGACGGCAUGGCCACCGCCGAAAUGAUGAAUUACGUCACCAGCGUUUACGUCGGCAUCAUUUUCGUCAUCUUUGGCGUCGUCGGCAACGUGUUAUCAAUUAUCGUCUGGCGACGGCCUCGCAUGCGCUCAAGCACGGGGACCUACUUGACCGGCCAAGCGGUGGCAGACUUGUGCCUCCUUAUAUUUUUCUUCCUCCUGAACAGCCUCCAGAAAAUUGCGCCGUCGGUGAUGGCGUCGUCGGCGUACGGCGAGUUCUUCGCUUACAUCGGCUAUCCGUUCUUUUUCCUAUUUGUCGUCUGUAGUAUCUGGUUCACAGUAGGCGUCACUGUCGAUAGAUACAUUCAGGUCUGCUGGAUCACACGCGCAAAAGACAUGUGUAACGAGAGGCGCGCACGGAUGGGCCUUGGCGUGAUCACUCUCCUGUGUUUCAUCAUCAACGCCCCUCACUUCGCCACCUACGAGCACGUAACUGGCGCCAAUCCAUCCUUCCGCGCGACGGAGUACGGUAGCGGCAAGGGGAGUCAAAACUACGAAUUCUGGAUCCACUGCAUGAUAUUGGUACUUGUUCCCUGGGCGACCAUCUUUACUCUCAAUAUGCUGAUUAUCCACCGGGUUACGAGUAUGAAUCGCCAGAUGGACUCCAAGCGCGGCUCUUCUGGUAAAGACAAGACCCGGAAGUCAGAGGCGCAGCUGACACGCCUGCUUCUCACCAUAACCUUCACCUUCCUCGUGCUCAUAGCCUUCCAGUGCAUUACACAGUGCUUUUUCAUGCUUAAGGCAGGAAACCAUCGGAUUGUUGCGGAGGCGUUUUCCAUUGCUCAGCUCGGCAUUGUCAUCAACUCUUCCAUAAACUUCUUCCUGUACUGCUUGAGUGGCAAACGCUUCAGGAAGGAGCUCCGAAUUGUCGUCUGCUCGCGUUUCCAUGGUGACUACAAAUCAUCGUCAAGCCUAUCGAUGUCGCACAGUACCGGAUCGUCUGCGAUUUCACGCAAGACGGCUGUCACAGAAAUGCCAUCCAAGGUGUAAACAAACAUUUGGACGUGUUUUCGUUGAUCGUUUGUAAGGCCAAGCUAAAUUAUUUCAAUUCUCAUCUUCGCCCGUCUGUCGAAAACCAACAGCAGUUUCUUUCAUUUAACAAAAUACUGCCUCGGCAGAAAAUGGAGCCGAAAUUAACGUAACGAUUGUUCUUUACUAUCAUUAUUCUCUAUUUAAAGACGGAAUAGGCCGUCCCGCCCGAUUAUUAUUCUUUUUUUUAAAUCUGGAUGAGAAUCAAAUGAAUAUAUUAUCUUGGCCUAGCAUCGAAAGAGCAUGUUCGAAUCCCCACACUGUUAUUCUUUUGAUCGUGGGAUUACUCAACAACUAUAUCUAUAGCAGGAGUGUCGCGACUUGCUUAGUUUGCACGUGAAACCUAUCUUUUACUUCAUCAGACUUUCACAGAAAAUAAUGAGACAAUGAAAAAUUUAACAACAGGAAAUAAUCCAGACAAUGACGUAGAUACUAUGGUGUUAAGUGGAAACAUCUUAACCCAUAAUCAAGGACUUGAGAGAAUUAAGUAUCCAAGUACAUGUAUACGCCUAUUGUAAUAAGUCAUAUUGAAGUUCAAAAUACAUUAUGGUGAGGGAUACGCGCAUAAAACAUGCUAAUAUUCUAUGUUGUGGACCGGCCAGCGAUGACAUUACAAACAUGUACAUCUGCUUCCAUACGAUUCAAUCUUCAUAUACAGUACUAUAUAUAAAAACGUUUGUUAAUUCUUCUCUAUUUAUGAAGUUCGAUUUUUAUGAACUUCAUGUUUAGAAAAAUGUUUCAGCAUGUCGCAAGAGGCUUUAACUUUUGGAAAGCGUUUAGGGUUGUAUGACGAAUGUUACGUCAAGUUAAUGAUGGUGUCGAGUGGACUAUUGCAAUAAAUCUUCUCUUUUA